AUGUAUAAUAAUAAAGAAAUUAUUUGUGAAUAUGCUGAUAAUAAUUUGCAAAAACCAAAUAUUUAUAAUCAAUAUUCACCAUAUUAUGAAUCAAUAAAACGGCAACGUAUUAAAUCAUUUAAAGAAAUCUGUGAAAAUCUUUCACGUCUUAUACAAUUACAAGAAUUACAACCUGGUUUUCCACUUUGGACAUCAAAAUUACAAGAAUUUAUUUCCCAUUAUGGUUUUUCUUUUACUAAAAUUGAUCAUAUAAAAUUAAUCAAUUUCUAUUUAUCAAUUCUUUCAAUUAAUAAUUUAAAUUAUAUCAAUGCAAAAAUAUGUUUUGAUAUAUUGAGUCAACUUACACGUAAAAUGCGUUUAAUAACAAGAAAUGAUCUUAUUAUUGAUUGGAAAAUACUUUAUACAUGGGCUAAACUUGUUCUUUUUAAUCAUGAUGAAUCUUAUUCUCUUAUUUCUAUGCCUAAACAUAUUGUAAAUUCAUUCUUAUUUUGUGUACAUAACUGUCGUCCUUAUUUUUCAGCAACAGCUACUCAAGAAAUUCUUGAUGAAUUUCGACCAUGUUUAUGUCCAUUUGAUACAGUCUGUGGAGAUGUUAUGGGUUAUUGGAAUAUGUUUUUACCUGUACAUUUACCACCAGAAUUACAUAAUCAAGGAUUUAAAUUAUGGUUGUCGGAAUUUUUAGAUAUUUGGGAAACUGUUUGUAAUAAUCCAGCAUGGGAACAAAGUUUAAUUAGUUUAUUUUCAUGCGUUGCUUGGUAUAAUAUUGGAUAUAUUGAUUGGGAACCAUGGUUUUCACCUAUUUUUACAAGAAUAUUAAAAAAUCUUUCAUUACCAGUUGGUAGUGUAGAGCCAACGAAAGAAACACAAAAUUAUUCUGUACCAGUUAUUGCUACAUGGAUUGUUGCUAUGAUAGGAAAUCAAAAUUUAUGUAUUCAAUAUUUACGAGAUUUAUUAAAUGCAAUUAAAACUUUUUAUCAUCCAUCAAAUACAGGAGAUUUUCAGGCUGAACUUAUUAGUUUUUUAUCAAUGCUUGCACAAGCAUUUGUUGAUCGAGUUUAUUUAGAACGUAUAAGUGAUCCAGUUUGGUAUUUUAAUCCACCAAAAUCAUAUCGACUUAGUGAUGAUGAUAUUGAUGAAUUUGUUAAUUGUCUUAAAGAAUAUGCAUUUAUAUCUAUAUUCAAUAAAAAUCAUCUUGAUUUAGCAACUGAAACAUGUCAUUAUCUUUCUCAACUUCGACCACAACUUAUUGUUCCACCAUUAGUUGAACUACUUUUUUCUUCAAUUGAUAAUAUGACUGAACCAUAUCGAUAUACAUCAUUAAUAACUUGUUUAACUAGUUUAACUCGACAAAUAGUUCGACAAACAUCUGAAUUUUCUCAAGGACAAAUAUUUGUUUUACCAUUAUUAUUAUCAGUUUUACCUGGUAUUGAUGCAAAUGAUUUAAAAAAAACUGUAAUUACAUUUCAAUUUCUUAAUGCUAUUUUAAUGUUAAUUACAUGUGUUGAUUGUUCAUCUGCAGUUAAUACAAGAAAUGAUCUUAGUGAAAUUGAAAAGGAAGUUUGUUUAUCAACAAGUAAAUUUGAAGAUUUUAUAAGUGAACUUUUUAAUCGUAUAUUUCAUAUGAUUGAUACAUUAUCAACUGAAAUGUCUGAUGCUUUAAUAGUAACAAUGAAUUCUAAAAUGGAAGAUCAUCAAAUUGCAUUAGAAUUAACAUCAGUUAUUUCAUGUAUUGUUCAACAAUGUAGUAAACGAAUUUUUCAUAUGAUUCGUAAAAAAAUAACAAAUUUUCUUGCAACAUAUUGUUAUUCACCUAAAAUAAGUAAACUUCUUACAGGUCUUAUUCAAGCUAUAUUAAAAAGAGAUCCAGUUGAAACAUUAAAAUAUCUUUUAUUACAAAUAUAUGAACGUAUUGAAAAAAUUCUUAAUCAAUCUGAUAUAUUAAUUUUAAAUGAUGAUAAAGGUGAUCCAGAAUUAAUAUGGUGUUUAAAAAUUUUUUCUGAACUUGUUUGUGCUCGUGGUGAUACAUUAAUUAUAUAUAAAACAAUAAUUUUAUCAAUUUUUCAUCGAUGUAUUCAUAUUAUUCAUAAAGAUUCAUAUGAAAUUAUGGCACAAGCUGCUCAAAAUUUACUUAAAUCAUUAUCAUAUGUUCAUCCAAUUGAUUAUCGUUUAACAAUUGAAAAUAUUGAAGAACCAUUUAUUGAUUUUUUACCUAUUAGAGCUUGGGGUCAACAUAUUGAAUAUGAUAAAAUUAAUGUUAAAUUUCAUAUUCCAAAUGAAGAUGAAGUUGAUUUUGCUUGUGAAUUUGUUGAAAUAUUUAUGUAUCAUGAAUUAAAAAUAUUAAAUGAAAAUCGGUCAAAAAUGUCCAAUGAUGAACGAUUACGAUCAUUAACACUACUUCAUCAUAUAACUAUUGGUUGUUUACGUAUGGUUCCACGUAUUGAAAGUGAAGAAAUUAAAAAUCUUGUGUCAUCGAUUGCUUCAUAUGAUUCAAAAAUUCAAGCUCAAUAUUCUCUUUAUGCGAAAGAACCAAAAUUUAAAGAAAAUCUUCGAAUGCGUCUUCUUAUCGAUAUUGGAAAUUUAAUUGAUCAUCUUAUUGCAUAUCAUUCAGAUGAUGCAUCAUCAAUAAAUAUAGCUCUUAAAAUUUAUUCUCAUUCAUCAAUGUACUAUGGUAUAUUUGAACAAAAUAUAAAUAAAUUAUGUAAUCAUUUUAAUGUAAUUAAAUAUUUAUAUAAAAAUAAAUUAUGUGGUACACAACAACAUCUUCGAUUUGUUAUUAUACAACGUAUAGCAAUACAAAUUGAAUUAUUUUCAUUGAGUAAUUUUCGAACAUUAACUCAAAUCGAUCAACAAGUUAUAUUUAAACUAUUUGAAUUAUCUAUUCAUCGAUAUAGUGAAGUUCGUCGUCAAGCACAAAUUUAUUUAUUUACAAUGCUCUCUCAUUUUUUCUUUUCACAUCAAAUAAUUCUUGAUCGUAUUAUUGAAUUACUUGAUAAAACUGAUGAUGUUGAUCAUGAUGAAAUAAAAGGUUGUUUAUAUAUACUUCUUGGUAAUGAAUCAUUUUUUCUACCAACUAAACAUUCAUGGAAAAUACUUGAAAAAUUAUGGCCAUCAAUUGCAUGUACAAAACAUGCAAGAAAACUUAGUACACAAAAUUUAAUUAAUUGUAUUAUGGAAAAAAUAUAUAAACGUUUUAAUAGUAUAGCUAUUAUUGAAAAUAUAAAUGAUAUAUCAAAACAAAAAGCUAUUGAUUUAUGGCGUAAAUUAGAAAAACAUGAAUUAGAUUUAUAUAAUCGAAUACAUGAAAAAAGAAUUGAAAUAAAUAUUAAUUCAUAUAAUAAUCUAAUGGAAAAAUUAGCUUCAUCAUUUUAUAAUCAUGUAUUAACUUGUCGACAACAAAUCAUAAUAAUGACAUUUAUGUUAUUUCUUCUUCAAAAACAAAUUCAAAUUCCAUUAUCAUGUAUUAGAGUUAUGGUAGAUUUUCUUACUCAUGAAAAUAAUGAUAUACGAAAGCUAGCUGAACAAUGUGUAUCAGCAUUAUGUCGUAUACAAAAACCACCGAAAAUUUAUCUUGAAAAAUCCAAUCAUGAUCUUUUAUAUCAUACAAAUAAAAUAUGUCCCGGUGAUCGUGAUGAUAAUUUAUGGAUUACAUAUAAUAAUUAUCAACCACCUAAAACACAAUUUGAAUGGGAACAAACAUGUUUUUUAGAUAAAUGUUUUCAUGGUUAUUAUGAAUGGCCAAAAAUAAUUAAAUAUUCAAUGAAUAAACGUGAACGUUAUACAAAAGAAACUAUGCCUGAACAUGUUGCUAUUUUAUAUAAUAGAUUUAUAGAUAAAAAUUUUAUAAAAAAAUUUAUACAAUAUAUGAUUAUUGAAGAUGAAGAAAAUGAAACAAAUUUUAAUAUAAAUCGAUUUCGAAUGUUUAAAGGUCUUUUUCGAAAUUUUGGUUCGGAUUUUAUUGAUCAUUUUAUGGAACAAUUAAAUAUUUUAAUUCAUGAAAAAACUAAAGGAAAAUAUGCAGAUUGUCAUCGUAUAGCAGCUGAAAUUGUUGCUGGAAUGAUUCGAGGUUCAAAAUAUUGGACAUUACAAAUGCUUGAUGAAUUAUGGCAAAAAUUAAUUCCAUUUCUUAAUGAAGUUUGCUCUAAUCUUAGUUCAGAAACUUUACCAUAUUGGGGUGCAUGUUUUAAAUUUGGAAUGGAAGAUUUAGAUCCUCGUCGAAUGUAUCGUCUUAUUGAAUUUAUUCGUACAUUAAUAAAUAAUAAAACAACAAUUAAUACAUUUCUUGAAAUAUCACGUUGGUUUUUAGUUUUAAAAUUAACAAUUUUUGAAUGGCGUAUACCAACUCUAUGGUGUACUAUUAAUGAAUAUGCUAAAGAAAUGCUUGAUCAUCCAUAUAAAGCUGUUCGAGAAUAUAUUGCUAAUGUUUUAUCAAUAUCACUUAGUUUCGACAUUAAACUACCCAAUGGCCAAUCAACACGUCAUCUCGAUGCAAAUCGUUUUAUUGAUUCUAUUCGUGAACGAUUACAUCAAGCAAUAGAAAUUUACGACAAAAAACCAUUAGGUUAA